AUGAAGGACAAAUUCCCUAAUGUACGCUGCAUCAUAGACUGUGUAGAAUUCAAAAUAGCAGUACCAUCCUCACUUGUGAUACAUAAGCUCAUGUAUUCUGAUUACAAAAGCCACACAACUGUUAAAGUUUUAGUUGGAAUUGCACCUGGUGGUGGCUUCACAUUUGUAUCUUCAGCUUAUCCCGGAAGUAUUUCAGACAAAAACAUUGUUAUCAAAAUUGGUUUUUUGUAUCCAGAAUUAUGGGAACCUGGAGAUGCAAUAAUGGCAGACCGUGGAUUUUUAAUAGCCGAUUAUGUCCAUCCAUUGGGUGUGAAACUCAUUAUACCAUCUUUCCUAAAAGGGCGUUAUCAGUUUACAGAAAGUGAAGUUGUUCGUAGUCAACAAAUAGCCGCAGAAAGAAUUCAUGUCGAACGUAUGAUCCAAAGACUAAAGUGUUUUCAUAUUUUUGAUAGAGUGAUUCCAGUAAACAUGCUAGGGUCACUGAAUCAAAUAAUAUCAGUUUGUGCAAUGUUGACUAACUUUCAACAGCCUAUUUUAAAAUAA